AUGGCCCUACACGCAACCUACCAAAGCCUCCUCCUCCCCGCCUCCGGCGCCCCCGUCUCCCUCGUCCCCUACAUUACCGUCGCCCCCAGCACCUUCCCCAAAGACGACGACUCCGCCCUCUUCGACAACCGCGCCUUCCAGCUCGUCCCUGACCUACGCCCCUACUGGAGCGGCGACUACCAAGACCGGCGCUUCCGGCGCUUCAUCGUGCGCUCGCACCCGCAGCCCAUGCUCGACGGCGAGUUCAUCAUCUACUACUCCACCAGCGCCGACAAGCCCGCCAACAAGACGAUCCUGGACAUGCCUUCUGUGCGCGACGCCAUCGAGCGCUCGGGGGUGAGGGUCGAGGACAGGCUGUUCUACCGCGGGGAUGUGCUGGUGGUGAGACUGGGUGAGGUGUGGGAGGAUGUGGGGUUCGAGGAGAGGUAUGAGGAUGUGAGGGGGGAGAUGGUGGCGGCGGUGGUGGAGAUGUUGGGGGAGAGGCUGUUUGCGCCGGGGUGGGAGGAGGGGUUCUUGGAGAGGCAGAGGAGGGAUGAUGCGUGGUUCGAGAGGCUGGCGAUAAAGGAGAGGGGGAUGAAGGAGCAGCUGUUUGCGGCUAUGUCGCCGGAGCAGAGGGAGAAUAGGCAGGUGAGGGAUAUGGUGGAUGUACUUGUGGCGUUGUCGGCAAAGGGGGACGAGGAGUAG